UUAUCUACUGCCAUUGAUGGAAAGAUCAAAGCAUGGCUAUAUGAUGGCUUGGGAUCUAGAGUGGAAUACGAUGCUCCUGGACACUGGUGCACCAUGAUGGCAUAUAGUGAAGAUGGAACAAGGCUCUUCUCAUGUGGAACAAGUAAAGAAGGCGAAUCUCAUUUAGUUGAGUGGAAUGAGAGUGAAGGAGCUAUCAAAAGGACAUAUUCUGGUUUCAGAAAGUGCUCUUUAGGUGUUGUCCAGUUUGAUACAACACGGAAUCGGUUCUUAGCUACUGGUGAUGAAUUUCAAAUUAAAUUCUGGGAUAUGGACAAUACAAAUAUGUUGACGGCUGUUGAUGCAGAUGGUGGAUUGCUAGCUAGUCCUAGACUGAGAUUCAAUAAGGAAGGAUCUCUGCUCGCAGUUACAACGAGUGACAAUGGUAUAAAAAUUUUAGCCAACAGUGAUGGUUUGCGAUUGAUAAGAAUGUUAGAAAGCAGGGCUAUUGACAGAAAUCGGGUCCCUUCUGAACCCAUCAACUCUAAGCCAUUGAUUGUGAAUGCUCUCGGUCCAGUAGGAAAUGUUUCUGGUGCCAUUGCUUCGACUCUUGAGCGGCCAGAUAGAGUUCCUCCGGCUGUAUCUAUCGACAGUCUUGGUCCUAUGGACAGCAGCAGACUUGUUGACGUCAAACCACGUAUUGCCGAUGAUGGAGACAAGGUUAAGUGCUAGAAAAUUCCUGAUGUUUCAAAUCCAUCACAGAUGAAAUCUCUGCGCUUACCUGAUUCUAUUGCACCAAACAAUGUGGUUCAGUUGAUCUACACCAACUCUGGUCUAGCUUUGUUGGCCCUUACCGCCAGUGCUAUUCACAAACUGUGGAAAUGGCAGCGUAGUGAAAGGAAUCCCUUGGGGAAGGCUACUGCAUAUGUCGCGCCCCAGUUGUGGCAACCUCCCAAUGGAACACUCAUGACAAAUGACAUACAUGAUGGUAAACCAGCUGAAGAGUCUGCUGCAUGCAUUGCUUUAUCCAAAAAUGAUUCUUACGUUAUGUCUACCUCUGGUGGAAAGGUUUCCUUGUUCAACAUGAUGACAUUCAAGGUCAUGACAAUGUUUAUGGCCCCACCUCCAGCAGCUACCAAUUUGGCAUUCCAUCCUCAACAUAAGGAUAUUAUUGCCAUUGGGAUGGAGGAUUCUUCCAUUCAGAUAUACAAUGUCAAAGUCGAUGAGGUCAAAGCCAAACUUAAGGGUCACCAAAAGCGAAUCACAGGGCUUGCAUUUUCCCAAACUUUAAAUGCACUGGUGUCUUUAGGGGCUGAUACUCAGUUAUGUAUGUGGAGUAUUGUUAUAUGGGAGAAGCUGAAAUCAAGGUUCAUAAUACCACAAACUGGCCGUCAAUCUCCUUUGGUCGCAGAAACUAAAGUCCAGUUUCAUAAAGAUCAAACACAUCUGUUUGUGGUUCAUGAUAGCCAAAUUUCCAUUUAUGACAGCAGGCUUGAAUGUUUACGUUCAUGGUCUCCGAAAGAUACACUCCCUGCUCCCAUUUCAAGUGCAGUAUAUUCAUGUGAUGGUUUACUGGUGUAUGCCGGUUUCUGUGACGGUGCUGUUGGAGUUUUUGAUGCGGAUAAUUUAAGGCUCAGAUGUAGAAUAGCAGCUUCUGCUUACAUACCUUCCUUCUCUGUCAGCAAGAAUACCACCUAUCCUUUUGUCAUAGCAGCUAAUCCAUCCGAACCUCAUCAGAUCGCUCUUGGCAUGAGUGAUGGAGAAGUGCAUGUAGUUGAGCCUUCUGAUGCAGAGCUGAAGUGGGCUGGCACACCCUCCCAGGACAUCGGCUUCCUCCCUUCUAAUUGGUGAAAUCCUUCCUUGAGUGGUCAACCAUUCGUCAAAACCUUUAGAAAACAUAAAAAAUGGUCAACCGUUCGACAAAAGGACUUGUAUGUAUAUGUAGAAAAAUACCUUUAGAAUUUACAGGACGAUGAGUAUGCAUAAUACCUUUAUCCUUAAAAAUAAGAUUUAUCAUCCAUAACUUUAACAGUGUACUAGUUUACACUUCAUUUGAAUCCGCUCAGUAUUUCUUUG